AUGAGCAAUAGAAGACUUCGUACUCGAAAAAGGAGGCACUCCGGCGAAGAAAAGUUGGAAGCUUCCAUGUCCAUUUCGCCCAAAAGAUGUGAUUCAUGCCUGACUCAGGACGAUCCUGGUCGUUUAUUUCCUGCUUACACAAACUUUCCUCUAAAUGACAGGUUUCCUGAAUUGAGUGCCCUUGUACAUACCUGUUCUCAUCUUGAACUAAUUCAUCUAAAGUCUGAAAUUCAGCCAUUGCUUCGUAGAGAUUUCAUAUCUCAUCUCCCCUAUGAAAUAGCUAUUAAAAUCUUAUCCUACCUUGGCCCCAAGGAUCUUCUUCAAUGUGCUCAAGUGUCGCGAGUGUGGCACGCUGUCAGCGAGGAUCCUCUCCUGUGGAAACACAUAUGCCAACAGUUGAACAUACCCAGAUGUUUCCCCAAGGAAAUGCACCAUCUCUCCCCUCGACUGGAAUUUUCCACAAACCACAGCGAGGUGUCACCCCCCGGGUCACGUAACAUUUACAUCUGCGGCUGGAAGGAAGCCUUCAUGCGGGAGAUUCACCUCGAAUGCAACUGGCGCCACGGGUCGUUGAAUCCACCAAAGCACCUUCCUGGUCACCAAACCCUCAUGACUCACGUCAUUACGUGUCUCAACGUGUACCAGGACUGGGCAAUCAGUGCUUCAGACGACUCGAGCAUUUGCGUCUGGGACCUCAUGACCGGUUCGCGUCUGGCUCGCCUCUCAGGCCACAUCGGCGGUGUCUGGGCCAUGAUCGUCAUGCCCCAGCGCGAGACGCCCCUGCUGGUCUCCGGGUCGACAGACCGGACACUGCGUGUCUGGCGUCUGGACGGGCUCCACUGGCCCUGUGCGAUGACCCUAUUCGGCCACCUCUCCACCGUCCGCUGCCUAGCUGCGUCUUUGUCUGACAGUGAGGACCUCAUUGUCAGCGGGAGUCGGGAUACCACACUCAGAUUAUGGAACAUUCGUUCUGGUGAAUGCCUCCUCACCCUACAAGGCCACCUAGGCGCCGUUCGUUGCGUGUGCUUCCGCGAUUCCUACAUUGUCUCAGGGAGUUACGACUGCACAGUGCGAGUCUGGAGCGCUCUCUCGGGCUGCUGUUUGCACGUCCUCUCGCACCACACCGACCGGGUGUACACCCUCCUCUUCGACGGGCUGCGGGUCAUCUCGGGCAGUUUGGACACCACCAUCCGCGUGUGGAAUCUCGCCACACAGCGACUCGAGCACACGUGCUUCGGGCAUCAGUCCCUGACCAGCGAGAUGGUCCUCGACUCGGCCAGGAUGCGUCUUAUCUCGAGCAAUGCCGAUGAAACCAUCCGUGUGUGGGAUAUCACCUCCGGGGAGUGUGUCCACGUCCUUGCUGGUCCCAACAAGCACCAGUCGGCGGUGACGUGCGUGCAGCUCACGAAGAAGUUCAUCGUCUCCUCCAGCGACGACGGCACCGUGAAGCUGUGGGACCGUGAGACCGGUGCGUUUGUCAGGGACCUUGUUAGCCUGAAGGCCCCCGGCGCGGUUGUGUGGCGCGUCGCCGUCACCUCCUCGUCGCGGCGUCUGGUCUGUGCGGCGGGGACGCGCUUCGGGUCGGAACAGCCCACCCAACUGAUCGUCCUCGACUUCGACGACCGGCCUGGCUACGGUCAGCAUGUGUGCCAGCGGAAGACUCGCGCGCACACCGCCAACCUCCCAACUGCCAUCAGUGCUCCUGGCGUUCACGCGACCAACACUACCACGUCAUCACCCUCUCCUUAA